CUUUAGCACUAUUGUUGCGCGUGGCCAUCGGUGGGUUAAACCACAUGGCUACUUAAACUCAGUGGUGUGUUCAGUGCUUGUGUGUGUUUUUCUAUUUCAAACAAAAUAACUACCUGUGUACCUGACUAUAAUUGAAGUAGUACAUAAACAACAGCAGUUAUUGAAGAAUUCGUAUUAAAUGGAUAAGCUUGCAUUCAACACCUUACACUCGUUAGAUACGGAGUAUUCAGCCGACUCCAUAGAAUGGUGCACUCAUUCGCUAUAUCAAUCCUAUUUCGCUUGUGGCACAUAUCAAUUGGAGGAGCAUGCUGGCGAGGAAAGCGCUAUGCGCAACAGGCGUAAGGGUCGCAUAUAUCUAUUUAGGUUUUGUUCAGUCACCAAAGAGCUCACCGAAGUGUUUCGUUUGGAGACAGCUGCCAUUCUGGAUAUGAAGUGGUUAGUUAACGAAACGAACGAGCAACCCCUACUGGCUACCGUGGAUUCGUACGGUCAACUAGAGAUAUAUGAAUUUGCAGAUGAUACAUUGAAGACAGUCAGCAGUUUGAAUAUAAAUUCCGACUGUGAUGAUUUGUUGGCGUUGUCAUUGGAUUGGAGACGUGCGGCGGAAAAUUCAAGUCAAUUUCAAAUAUUGGUGUCAGACUCCAAAGGUGGUGUGAGUGUAAUUGAUUAUGAACCAAAGAUUGGACUCAAACUGACUAAUGUUUUUGCCGCUCAUGGUUUCGAGGCAUGGACAUGCGCCUUUGAUCGCUGGGACUUGAAUCGUCUAUAUAGUGGUGGCGAUGAUUGUAUUUUACAAGCUUAUGAUUUACGUUCUAACUCACGCAUUUUCACCAACAAAUCGCACAAUGCGGGCGUUACUUGCCUGCUCAGUCACCCGAUGCACGAGCAUUUGCUCGUGACCGGUAGUUAUGAUGAGUAUUUGCGCACAUUUGAUACGCGCUCGAUGAAGCAACCACUGGGCGAACUGAAUCUCGGUGGUGGCAUAUGGCGUCUGAAGAUCGAUCCGUUAAAGCGCGAUCUAAUUUUGGCAGCAUGCAUGUAUCAUAAUUUCAGCAUUGUACAGCUAAACGCUGGGCAGUUGGAGGCACCUAAAUUGGUGGGGGAAUACUACGAGCAUAAAAGUAUUUGUUAUGGUGCGGAUUGGUGUCGUGAAGUAGUCGAUGGUGGUAAUAAUAAUUUGUACACGGCAACAUGUUCAUUUUACGAUCAUAAACUGUGUGUGGCCCAAAUAGUCGAAGAGCACCACUAACUGUGUGGUUGUAAGUUUUAGGUUGCAGAAAUAAUAAAUAUCUUCACUUUAUGGUUAUUAAAUGUGAAUAGCUUAAAAAUAACUGAACUUUAUUAUUGUGCGGGUGUUUUCAUCAUGCUUACGUUCAAGUCACAUAUUUGCGUUUAAUUUAUAUCGAAACUGCAGGCUCCAGCUAAAGGGGAAAAAUUUCUGGCAUUUUAGCGACCAGCGACUCUCGAAAAUAUUUCGUAAUGAUACUAAAUGAACAAACGUUACAGUGAGUAGAAACUAACAAAGGUCAAAUAUAAAUUUAAUCGGUAAAGAAGCUAAUCUUCUUUACUCAAGUAAGUUGCUUAAGAAAAUGUCGGUAAGUAUAGGUAAAGCUCCAACUAAGGUUUCGAGUUUGCAGGUUAUCGGUUAUGUCGUAGCGCGGUACGUGAUGUACCCGGGUUUCGAACCAGUUCAGAACUAUCACUUCCAACAUGUUUUUGGUUAUUCGCGUUACAACAACAACUAUGCGCAACAAAGUCCACACGUUAUGACGGUUCAAUCUACAAAGAGUUUAACGAUAUGAACUAUAUACUCACACUUCGAACAAUCAAUCCCUAUCUAUUUUCAGCGACCUUUUAACCCCUUUCAACAACAACAAAACAAAAAAAAAAACAAUAAAUUUUAGU